AUGCGCCUCCCCGCCGCCGCCCUCUGCCUCUGCCUCCUCGGCGCCUGCCGCCUCCGCCGGGGGCUGGAGGCAGCCGCCGUGCUCGGCCAGCCGGCGGCGUCCCCCCCGCGACCCUCGGCGGCCGCGCCUUCCUCCUCCUCCUCCUCCUCUUCCUCCUCCUCCGUCUCCUCCUCCUCCUCCUCCUCCUCCUCCUCCUCCUCCUCUCCGCCGCGCAACGGCACCGUGGUGCCCCACCACUACAUGGUGGCCCUCUACCAGCGCCUGGCCGCCCGCCGGGGUGCCGGCCGCCCCGCCGCCACGGUGACGGGCUUCGCGGAGCGGGGGCGCAGCGAUGCCUCCCUGUCCACCCCCGAGCAGCGGUACCUCUUUGACAUCUCCAGCCUGCCCGAGGCAGAGGAGGUGACGGGCGCGGAGCUGCGGGUCCUGCGCGCCCUCCCCGAAAACCGCAGCUUGGCCCUGUCCCCCGAAGGCACCUUCCACCACCUCCUCCUCUCCACCUGCCCCAGCCGCGACGGCGAGGAGCCCCGGCUGCUGGACUCCAGGGCUGCAGACGUUUUGGACGCGGGCUCCUCCAGAUGGGAGGUGUUCGACGUCUGGGAAGCGCUGCGGGGCCGCAGGGAGAGGUCUCCGUCGGGCAAGCUGCUGUGCUUCCUGCUGAGGAUCGUGUCGGAUCAGUCGGGGCGGCUCCUGCCCCCCCGGCAGCUGGGCUUCAGCAAGCCCCGGCCGCAGCCCCACGAGCGAGCCCUGCUCGUGGCCUUCUCCCGCACCCAGAGGAAGGAGAACCUCUUCAAGGAGAUCCGGGAUAAGAUCAAGGCUCUGGGCAGCCCCCCGUUCCUGGAGCCCCCCGAUCCCGGCCGGGAGGCGUACCCCAAGCGGAGGAAGAGGAGGACCGCCGCCGUCGCCGGCCGCGCCGGGGGCAGAGGCCACGGGAAGAAGGCCAAGACCCGCUGCAGCAGGAAGCCCCUGCACGUGAACUUCAAGGAGCUGGGCUGGGACGACUGGAUCAUCGCCCCCCUGGAUUAUGAGGCGUAUCACUGCGAGGGGGUCUGCGACUUCCCCCUGCGCUCCCACCUGGAGCCCACCAACCACGCCAUCAUCCAGACCCUGAUGAACUCCAUGGACCCGGAGUCCACCCCCCCGAGCUGCUGCGUGCCCUCCAAGCUCAGCCCCAUCAGCAUCCUCUACAUAGACUCCGGGAACAACGUGGUUUACAAGCAGUACGAGGACAUGGUCGUGGAGACGUGCGGCUGCAGGUAGCAAUUUCUGCAGCUCUCCCCCUCCCUGCCCCGCCUGGCAGCCCCAUUUUAUAUAUAUAAGUAGAAAUAUAUAUAUAUAUAUAAAAUAUAUAUAUAUAUACAUACGCAUCCUGGUGUGUGCCUUCCCAAAAGCCAAGCUAAGAGCCCCCUGCCCUCCCGGGGCUGCCCUGGCCGUGAGCCUGGGAGGGAUGGGGAGACCCUCCCUGCAGACAGCUUCUUUCUCAAAGUUUUGGGGUUUUCUGCCAAAUUGCCUCGGCGGAGGAAGGUGGGAGGGACACAGCAUCGGGUCAGCAUCGCCCUCUGGCCGUGGCAGCGGGGUGCAGGGGUGGUGGGAGCUCUCUUUUCAGAGUGUAAAAGGACACAUCUUCGGUGUAUCUGGGGAGAAGCAAAGCCCCAGGUUCCCCAGGGAAGAGCCAUUUAGCUUGGGUUCUUAUUUUUCCAAAUAAUCUGGCUAUAAAAAGGCCAUGCUCCACCCCACCUUCCUCUGGCACCAGUUUUACAGCGAGCUCUAUCCCUCCCUGCCUCUCCCCUUCCCCUAAGGGAGCCCGGAUCCACCAAAAAAGAGACUUUUAACUCGCAAACAGCUGAGCUGGGUAGAGCAGGGUGCUCUGGGCUGUGCUAAGAGGACUGCAGCAUUUCAGGAACUCUGGAGCUGAGCAUAAAUCAUGCCUUCAAACCAGAGAACCUGGCAUCGGCAAGGAGCUGUGGGAAGCCGUGAGGGUUCUGCUCUGCCUUGGUGGCUUUUGGUACUGAGCUUCGGCCUCGUGGCUACAUUGGCAUAGGUCAGGGAUGGGUUUGCACAGGUUUUGCUUUGGAUGGAUAAUUUGUUUUUUUGCUGGUGGUCGAGCUCUUGCCUUAUAAAUAUCGGUGCUCACUAGCUACAGGAGUUUGCUUUGGGGGAGAAAAAUCCCUGCUGAUUUUUUUUUUCCUUUUUUUUUUCCUGUCGAGCUCCUCGUCCUCCAUCUCAGGGGCAUCUCAAGGAGCAUGGCCGUGCCAGCAGCUUUUCUUGCUGCUGGUGUUUCUGUUUUGUUUUUUCCCACUGUGGUCAGCCCGCGUGGUGAGGAGGGGCCGGGGAGGGCUGGCAGGUCUCACGCCGGGCUCAGUGUUAGUGCCAGCAGAAAUCACAGCAGGAGGAGGCUGGCACCAUGGUGUGCACAGAGUCACCGAGCUUCCCCGUACCACGUUUUUCAAUCCCUGUCGGUUUUCUCACUGCUGAAACUUCUUUUUUUUUUUUUUUUAAUUUUUCAUGUUUUUGUUUCUUUUACUCCCUCCCCUUUCCUCCAAAUAUUUGCGGUGGAGGUUUUUGGGCAGUUCAAAACCAGGCAAGAUAUAUAUACCUAUACACAUAUAUGCACAUAUAUACACACAGCUCCUGGCAGCCCCGCGGGCUGGGGGCUGCUGUGAGCCUCAGUCCCCUGCCGGUGGGACGGGAAGCCGUGUCCGAGGGCACAUCAGCACCCUGGGGAGAGAAGUUGUGGCUCGGUUGCUGAAGGUUCCCAGCCUGCAUCACUGAAAUAAAUGAGAAGAGGGAGUUUUUGGGGAGAGUGCAGAGUGCUGGCGACGAUGCUGUCUGUGGUUUUGCCCAUGCAGGAAUCAAUCACCUCUCUCUAAAUCGGGCACGUUGUUUUUUGGUGAAGAUCUCUACAUUGGGAUAGGUAAGGCUAGGUCCUGCUGGGGGCUUACUCUCAAGGGGGAAAGUCAUCGAAACCAUCCAGUAAAAUUGCAUUUCUGAUCAGUCACCUCCUGUCCGAGCUGAUUUUCGAGCACAUGUAAGCAUUAUAAAUAGGAGACGAGAGGCUGAGCAUGGACAAAGGUGAAUUCAGUAGGCUCGGGGUGAUUUGAAUGGAGAAUUAUAGGUUCCCAAUCUGCAGUAUUUAUACAACCUUUCCAGGAAAAAAAAAAAAAAAGACAACAACCAAUUCCAUGCAGAAUAUAUUCUGCUGGAGGAUUUGUCUGACCUCCAGCACCAAUUUUAACUGCAGGCUAUAAUUACAGUGAAGCUAGAAAUAUCAGGCAUUUGUAAAGAACAGUGUGUGUUCAGUGGGCUCCACCACUUGCAUGGGGUGGUGAUGGCUUAGGAGCAGGGAAGGUUGCAGAGUGACCCAAAAACGAUUUGAAAGCACUGAGCUGGGAUUUGGGGAAGUGUGCGUGGUCGGACCAAGCCUGGUGCAUGUGCCUUGCCUUAGGCUCGUUGAGGUCUAUAAAACCAGAGCCUGUGCUUAAGCGUGGUGGGGUCCCAAAGCAGGGAGAGGCAGAAGCUAGGUGUUUUGUGCCCAAUUUAACUGCCUGAGUGCCCAUGGUGACUUCUGGCCCAAAAAGGUUUCCCAGGAAAUGCUGAUUUUGCCAUUUUUCUUUUCCAUUUUUUAAAAAAUUAGUAAUUGGUUUUUAAUUCUCUUAAAAUAACACCCCCACACUUUUUGCAUCCUGCUUCAAACCAGAUGUAGAAGGGAGAUGAAUAUCCUCUGGCACAGCAAUGGAUGUUUGUAGCUUUGCCCUGGCAUUGCUGCAUCGAUGCCAGCAGCCGUGCUUCUGGUCAGCAAUGGCAGAUGGAGCAACGAUGUCCUCCUUGGCUGUUUGCUGAUGCUUGGCGUACCCAUGAGGAAAAGACUGGCAAUGUACCACUUUACAUAAAGAGCAGACCCCAAGCCUGCCUUCUGCUCAAACCUGAGUGCCAGCCAGUUCUGUGUGCGUUUGCACCAUCUGGAUUUUAACUCACAUCUUGACUGCACAGCUCUCGCUGCUGGGGAAAGCUGGGAAGGUCUGCGGUGAUUUAUUGGUCACACUCCCUUUGCAAAGCAAGCAGCCACUUCUCCUGUUGGCAGUUUUAGGCUCCAAUCCCACAAACCUUAAAGUGUUUUUUUAGUGGUGGUCACCUUGCUGGCUCCCACGUAACCGCAGGCACGUGGGGGGAGAGUUUUUCUGCCCCUCCUGUCUUCAAACUGAUCUCUGGUAAGAGUGAGGUGUUGUACCAGGCUGGUGCAUCUAACACGCUGGGUUUUGUUAUACGUUGGUUUAUGUCUUCCAUGACAAAACCAUCUGCCCUUACUCUUUUAAGGCUCUUUAUUCAUAACACAGUGCAUUGCUAUGUACAUGGAAAUGCAAAGCUCUCUCUGAAAGUUAGUUAUGCUGUAUCAGCAAGUGUCCUGGACCUUUAAAACAAACAAACAAACAAAAAACAACCAAAAUUUGGAACUCUUGCUGGUAGAAAACACUAACCAAGGACCCCACCCUACAUCUUGAAGGAUAUUUUACAGCCUUGCACCUCAGGACACACGUAGGUCCUGCUUUCCCUUCUGCUGGUACUGGUAUCAGAGCAGUCCUCCUGAAUUGGCUGUACUGGAGAGGAGCCUGGUUUACGCCGUGGGGGGGAAGCACAAGAGGCUGAUGCACCCAUGUUUAUCUUAAGGAUGAGUGGAGUAGAGCAGGAAGCAUUAGGCAGCAAAGCAUUUUCAAGUACGUUACUCUUAAACGUCCUAAACCAAAGCUUGAUCUAUUCCCAGAAAUGGCCCCAAACGAAACCCGGCCAUUUUUCAGCAGGUUUUGCUCUUCUUUUUUUUUUUUUCCCCCGAUUUUUUUCUGUCAUCGCCACUCUAGCAUCCAGUCUGAUAUUUUGUGAGCUCGUUUUUCAGUUUUGAUACUUGUGUUCAUAUUUUGGGUUUUCAGAAUGGGGAGCAGAGGGUUGGGGAGUGGAGAAAGUGAGGACGGGAAGGCUGAGGGAGCUGCAGGCACCAUCUGUGGCCACGAGCAUGGGCCUGCAGGGCCACAGGUCUGGUGGGGUUGAAGGUGGUGGGAGGCAAGGACUUUUUCAUGAUGAGUCAGAUGUUCAGGUGCUUUUCCCAAUGGAAACUUUCCACUUUGCUGUGUUAUGAACCUUCAGUGGUGUCACCCAGGUCUCCACUAGUGGAGGAUUAACAGGAACAAGACACUGGGUAAGGCCCGGCCUCACUGAGUGCUGUGGCGCUGGCUUUGGUCUCAGUCUUGGGAGAGAUGGCAGCAUUCUCCAUGGUGUUCCUCCAUGAAGAAGUUUUUUCUGCUUCCUCAACCCUGCCUAGAAGAACAGAGAGGAGGGGAACAGAAAGGAGGCUGAGCCUAGGGCUGCCUUGCUCCCUGCUGGUCCCUAGGCCGAGGGCUAGCACCCGUAGUGCUGACAGCAGCAGGCCAUUAAAGGACUUCCACAGGGCAGGACAAGGAAUGGUUGCUCGUGGAGGCACGAGGCCUUAGUCACUGAGGAGGUGCUGAAGUGACGUGGUUGCUUUGGCUGUGGUCAGCUGAGACUGGGGCACUUUCCUUGGGCAGGGAGGGGGUGACCACCCUGGUUAUAUUCACCCCACGUGAGCAGGUUAACCUGUGGGAUGUAAGUCGUACCCCAAAAGAAAGGUCUGAGUUUCUGAAGCGCCGUGCCUCUGAAAAUUAAGCUCUUAAACCUUAGCUGUGGGGUUUGAUCCAGCCUUGACCCCUGAAGUCACUGGCCCCAUGUCAUGCUCCUGCUCCUUGCUGGCAAAGCUGGUGAAGGCGCUGCUCCCAAGAACUGAAGGCACUUCUGUGUAGGGAGGACCUGCUCCCCAGCUUAGAUGCAGCCUGGGGCAAUGCCAGUCGUGCUUGUAUAUCCAGUUUGCCGAAUUACCACAUAGUCUGUCAGUGCCUGUUCUUUUUCUGAAGUCGGGUCAAGACUAUCUGGAGCUCUUUUGACAAAACGAGCCUCUCUGCUGGUCAGUCAUGGUUUUAUUUAUGUCUUCUUUCCUUUGAAUAGAAAGGAAAAUAUCAAUAAAUGAAAAAGGACUCAAGUUCCCAAUAGCCGUAUCUCUAGUAGUUAAUUUUUUGAAGCAAUACUUGUAUCCCUGUGUGUGCCUCUAAACUAUCCAUGUAUUUGUUCAGCUUUCCAAGGUUUGAGUGUGUGAAAUAUCUCUAAAGAAGACAGUUCUGUAAGUGAUGGUGUAAAUGCAUUGUUUGUAUGUAUUCUAAAAUUUAAAUAGAUUGUACAUAUUGGAUUGUAAAUGAACUGUAAACAGCAAUCUAUAUUUUCUUGAAUAUAUUAUAUAGCAGUAUAUAUUUGUUAAAUAAGUAUUCUUGUAUACUCUUCAAUAACCUUUUUAAUAUUUUGUACAGAUAAGUUUAUUAAAUAUU